CCUGAUCUCCCUGUCUGCUCUAGCUCCGGCCUUUCCUAGGUCCCUGACUGUCUCAUUCCUGAGGCUGUGGUCUCCUCAGAACUCUUCUGAUGUCUUCUAAAGGAACCUGAGCCUCUUUCUUCCUUAAACGGCAGCUUCUCAGCUAACAGGCCUCCCCAGCUUCUGGCCCACUCUCUCAGGCCUCUCUAGUCUCACCACCUCAAGGCCUGGCCAGGAGAUACCAGCGUACAGCAGCUUCCUGGGCCCCUCCAGCCCCACCUCCUCUUGCUCUACGUAUGGAAACCCCAGGACUGGUCGUGCAUGGACUGGCUGAGCCCUUUUCCACAGCGCUCCGAAGCCUUGUCAACAACCCCCAAUUCAGUGAUGUUCGCUUUGUGGUUGGUCAAGAACGGCAGGAAGUAUUUGCCCACCAGUGCUUGCUGGCCUGUAGAUGCAACUUCUUCCAGCGACUUCUGGGCACGGAGCCAGGCUCCUCUGGGGUACCUAGACCUGUGGUGCUGAGCACAGUGCCAGCAGAAGCCUUCUUGGCCGUGCUGGAGUUCCUGUACACCAAUAGUGUCAAGCUGCACCGCCACUCUGUGCUGGAGGUGCUGACAGCAGCUGUGGAAUAUGGACUGGAGGAACUGCGAGAGCUGUGCCUGGAGUUUGUGGAGAAGGUACUCGAUGUGGAACUAGCUUGUGAGGCUCUGCAGGUGGCUGUAACCUUUGGCCUAGGGCCGCUACAGGAGCGGUGUAUAGCCUUCAUAGAAGCCCACAGCCAGGAGGCGCUCCGGACCCGCGGCUUCCUGGAGUUGUCGGCCGCUGCGCUGCUGCCUCUGCUGCAGAGCGAUAAGCUCUGUGUGGAUGAGGCUGAGCUGGUCCGGGCUGCCCGGAGCUGGGCGCGCGUGGGAGCGGCUGUGCUGGAGCGGCCCAUGGCCGAGGUGGCGGCCCCGGUGGUUCGAGAGCUGAGAUUGGCCCUGCUGGCCCCAGCGGAACUGAGCGCCCUAGAGGAGCAGAACCGGUGGGAGCCGCUCAUUCCGGUGGAGCAGAUCGUGGAGGCGUGGAGAUGCCACGCCCUGCGUAGAGUGACUCCAGCCCAGGGCGCACCGUACCGCCGCCGGAGUGGGACCCUGCCGCGAGAGCACCACCGCUUUCUGGGCCUGCCCUUCAAAUGACGUCGGGCCGCGAAUGGCAUGGAAUUCGGGACUGUCCACACUACAGCUCCCGGCAUGCUCUGCGCUUGGAGCUGACUUCCGCUUCCGACAUGCUUGGCGAGCCCUGCACCGGAAGAGCCUGGUGGCUGGUCGGGGGCUGGAGGGUGGGCCUUGUGGCGGGGGCUAGACCCGAAAGCGAGGCUUUUCUCGCCCCACGUCCUCUCACUCGAUCUGCUCUCCUGACUCCCACAAUUCUGUUAAGUUCAGGUCCCCUGUGGACCUGCUUCUUAGAGCUGUCUCCCGAGUGUACCUCAGAUGACGCAGCGCGAUGCUAAAUCGACUUCCCCAUCUUUCUGAAGCUCUGCUCCUAUCAGGUCUGUCAUUUGCGUGGGUACCCACGUCGCCUCUGCCUUCUGCGAGACCUUCCCACUUGGUAACCUUCACUUCCACCCGUCCUGCCCAGUCCUGUCUGACUGGUGUCUUCCUUCCUUCACUGCAGCGCCCCCUCCAGUUAUUUUUCAUUUUGCAGCCAGCGCAGCCCUUAUCUCAGCCUUCCUCCCUAAAUCCUUCAUCAUUCCUUUGCCUCUAAGACAAAGAGGCCCCAUCGCUUUGGGGCACUCCAAAUUACUGUUGUUCCUAAAACAUUUAGCAACUCUUUUCUCAACCUUG